AUGAAACCAGGAGGGCCCCCGGGCGCUGCCCAGAUGCCGCGCCCAGAUGGCUUUGGGAAGACAUGGGGCAAGCUGCUAAAUCCCGAAGAUGACCUCUUACCAGGAAAGAUUCGAGACAGCAAUCGUUCAACCCUCCUAGCAACAAUUCAGGAACAUGGUUAUCCCACAAUCAACUUGGGAAUUGUGGGAGACAACCCAGAUGACUUACUCAAUGCCUUGAAUGAGGGUAUCAGUCGUGCUGAUGUCAUCAUCACAUCAGGGGGUGUAUCCAUGGGGGAGAAGGACUAUCUCAAGCAGGUGCUGGACAUUGAUCUUCAUGCACAGAUCCAUUUUGGCAGGGUUUUUAUGAAACCAGGCUUGCCAACAACAUUUGCAACUUUGGACAUUGAUGGUGUAAGAAAAAUUAUUUUUGCACUACCAGGGAAUCCUGUAUCAGCUGUGGUCACCUGCAAUCUCUUCGUUGUGCCUGCACUGAGAAAGAUGCAGGGCAUCUUGGAUCCUCGGCCAACCAUCAUCAAAGCCAGGGUAAUGUUUUCUAAUGACCAGAAACCAAAAUGGAAGCCUGCUAACAAUUAAGAAGAUCUGGAUGGGAAAGGGAAUCUACAAAUUCAACAGGGACCAAAAUUCACCUUACCUGUCCUUUUAUAUCCUAUCAGUCAAUUUCUUCCAUUCCUUACUGCAGUCUUCCAAAUAAUUACCAUUCUCCUCAAGUCCCUCUCCCAUCCAGAUCUCCUGAGGUUUGUGCCAAAUAAGCUUGUGUUUGAAUGAUGGCUUCAACAGUUAAAAGUAUUGUAAUUUUCAGCAUACUUAAUGAUUUCUAUUCUAAUCUGUGUCUCUUAAAUCCCUUUUAUGUCCAACUCUGCUCAAUCAUCUAUUUCCAGUUAAAACCCUUCAUUGCCUCCCACAAUGCCAUGGUCAAAUCCA